UACUGCUUCGUUUGGGCAUCUCUGACUCGAUGCAUUAUAGCAGGAGGCUCGAGUCCUUACGGCGCCUGGGGUCAUUCUUAUGAAGGCAAUCAGAAUGGAUGGGAUUCUGGUUCUUCCUCCACCUGGCAAGAGUCUGUAUCGUCGGUCAAGACUCUGAGCUCAAUGACUCCCGCUACCAGCGAUGUCAAGCCAUCAUCUGCGCUGCAACACCCGUCGUCUUCUUCCUGGUCCACCACCGGAGCUGUCACUUCCAGCAUCUCUUCCACAGAAUCGACAAUAAAGUCUGCAACCAUCGCUACUUCGGCGCCUUAUCCUGCGAGUAACUCGAGUGUUUCCAACAGCUUAGGAUCUCCUUCCAAGACAGGCACCGCACUCACUAGCCAUGCUUCAUCAAUAACUGGCAAUACAGUCACGUAUAACUGGAACAUCGAGUGGGUGAUUGCUGCACCUGAUGGAGUAUCUCGUCCUGUAAUCGGUGUUAAUGGCNCGUGUCCGUCCAUUGAUGUCAUGACAGGAGACCGUGUGGUUGUCAACGUCUACAACGGCCUCGGGAACGAGAGCACAGCACUUCACUGGCACGGCAUCCAUCAAAGAGGCACAAAUCACAUGGAUGGAGCGACUGGAACCACUCAAUGUCCGAUAGCCCCUGGCCAGAGCUUUACGNCCGACCAAGCAGGCACUUACUGGUGGCAUUCCCACAACAUGGGUCAGUACCCUGACGGCCUUUGGGGACCACUUAUCGUUCGCGACCCAAAUCCGCCUUACCAAUACGACGAAGAACUGAUUAUAACGCUCUCGGAUUGGUACAACGAUCAAAUGCCUUACAUAAUUCAUCAGUAUCAAUCCACUGCUGGCGAAGCAGAGGAUGGCACUCCGAACCCAGUAGGAGGAGCCUUGAUCAACUCUGGAAAGAACGUCUCAAUCCAUGUCAAGCCAAGCACCACGUAUCUGGUCCGUAUCAUCUGUCCCGCUGCUUUCACUGGUCACGGUUGGGUCUUCGAUGGUCAUAAUCAAACGACUGUAGAGGUAGACGGUGUAUACACUGUACCUGUUGUUGCUACCGCUGGGGGCAAGAACGUUCGAAUCGCCCCUGGACAAAGACAAGCAUUCCUGAUGAGAACCAAGGACGACACAAGCAAAAAUUACGCCAUUCUUGAUUUCCAGGAUCCCAACAUGUUGUUCAUCAAUAAAGGUCUCACACCUGAUCCUGUCUACCCACUCAACGCCACCGCCUGGUUGGUAUACAACACCAGUGCAGAUUACCCACCUCCACCAGUCCUAUACAACCUCGGGAACGACGACUUUUUCGACGAUGUCAACUACAUUCCAUUGGAUCGGGAGCCUCUUCUCGAGCCAGUCGAUCGACAAUUGGUCAUUGAUAUGUCUAUGGAGAAUAUCACCGGCAUCUCCAGAUACAUCUUGAACGGCCACACAUUUCUAGGCGCCAAAGUGCCUACGCUGUAUUCAUCUCUCACUGUCAAUGAAACUGAAGUAUUGAACCCAGAUGUCUAUGGAGAUGUCAAUCCUUACGUUUUCAAGUACGGCGAAGUCGUUGAAGUGGUUAUGAACAAUCUGCACUCCAAUCUCUUCCAGAUCAUUGAGAGAUCAGACCCUAGAGCUGGUACAUUUAGUGGUUCAUACUCUAAUCUGCCAGCCACGCCGAUCAGAAGAGAUACGGUCAUGGUUCAGAACGAGGGCUAUGCUGUCAUCAGAUUUAAGGCCGACAAUCCAGGUUGGUACAAGGUGAUUGAUGCCGAUNGUAUUUGGCUUUUCCACUGCCACAUUGAGCUUCAUGUCGAAGCUGGCUUCAGCGCUACCUUCAUUGAAGCUCCAGAGGAACUCGCUGCCAGUGAUUUUGCCCUCCCAGCAGAUCAUAUCAACGCCUGCAAGACCUAUCCUAUGGACUACGUAGGCAAUGCCGCGGGUAACGACUACAAUGCUCUGAACUUGACAGGGGCACCGUCCACGGUUCCCACGGUUGCAUGGGNNGUGCGAUAUAUCCUCCUGUUGAGACCGAAGCUCACAGUUAGACUUUGUAUCGAGUUGGUUGGUCAUCUCGGUUUU